AAAUUCGCGGUCACACCUGUGCCACAGCUGUUUCUUGUUUUGAUUUUUUUGUUACAUCGCCGCAUUUUAUUUGCAGAAUGCUGAGAAAACUAUUAUUUAACACGCAAAUUGUAUUAAGACAACAGAAAAAGCUACAAUGCACGCGGAACUUGGCCGCGAAAGCCGCUGCGCCGAAAAUAUUGGAGCCGGUUCACAUCGAGGAAGCUAUUAAGUUGGAGCCCACACUAUCCAUCUACACGCCCGAGCUGUGGCGGCGAGCCCAUGAAACGUUUCAGAAUCAUGGCCUGGAAACUGUUAACUUUCUGCGCAUUGUUACCGCCAAUCCGACGGUGCUGAGGCGAACGCCAGAGCGAAUCAUCAGCAGCCUGGAAAUCUGGCGCGCCUGCCAGUUCGGGGAGACUCUGCUGCACCUGCUACUGACCAAAUAUCCGGAGCUAUUGGAUGUCAGCGAUUCCCAUGAGCUUCUCUCCCAUGUGGGCUUCCUGAAGAGUCGCGUUUCGACCAACAAAAAUGUGUGGAAGCUGCUGAUGAACAGCCCCGACUUGCUGGCGCAAUCAGAAAAAAGUAUAGAGGAGAAAGUGGACUACAUCAUGGAUGUAAUGCGCAUAGAGGUGCCAGAGCUGGUCAAGUCCAGCGGUCUGUCAAUGUCCCUUGAGGAGCUGCGCUGCAGGCACGAGUUCCUCGUCCGCCUGGGCUUGUUCAAGCCGCGCGCCCCGAAAGCGGAUCCCGAUGAGCCCACAACUAAUCACAAGUUGUACCAGAUUACUGACACAUCGGAGAAGACGUUCGCCACAAAGAUCUGCCAUGUUACACUGCCCGAGUUCGAGGCUUUUAAGGAUUUGCAUGCACGCGAGAUUGAGCGCAAGACAAGGAAACGCAAGGAAGAGGAGGAUUUCAGUGAUGAUGAGGAGUAGAAUCUUAG